AUGUCAGCAAAUGAAGGCGAAUCAUCAACACAGAGAAGAUCUACAAGGGCUUGUGAUAACUGCAAAAGAGGACCUCAACCUAAUGGACGUAGACGAUCUGCAUCGCCUUUAUCGCCAAGAUCAUCUUCAAGAUGGUCAACAAGACCGGAGCAUGUGUCACCUCGAAGACAGAAGUUUGGAGGAGUUCCUGAUCAACUCGUUGAUCAACUGCUCCCUUUGUACUUUUCCCACAUCCAUAGUCUAUACGAAUCAAGAAAUGAAUGUCGAAUUGAUCUAAUUCAAUGUUUACUAUUGCUUAGUCUUCGACAAACUGGUUGUGGGGACAAGCAAAGCGCGUCCAUGUAUGCUGGCCGGGCAUGCUGUAUGGCUCUCAACAUGGGUUUAAACUUGGCUCCCGGUGGUUUAGGCAAGAGUUUAGAUACGACUGAAAAGGAAAUAAGGUCAAGGGUUUAUUGGAAUAUCUAUGUGUUAGACAAAUCGUUAGCCGAAGAGACCGGUCGACCAUUCCUUUUGACCUAUAGAAGAACAACGACGCCACUACCAUCAACAGACGAAUUAGAAGAAUUUGAAGCUUGGCCACCACCUACGAUUUCAGCUACAAUAUCGUCAAGUGUCGGAGUUGUACCUCGUCGAGGGCACGUCUUAUCUUGUUUCGCGUGGACAUGUAGACUUGCCAUGGUGGUAGAAGAUGUUCUGGACAUGGAUCCUUCUUGUCCACCAGCAAUAGACGAAUGGGACGUCCAAUUCAUCAAUUCAAUUGAGAUGAGACAGCCUCACAUUUUGGAACGCCCGGCAAUUCAACUGGACAAGUGGCUACAAUCAUUACCUAUACAUCUAACGAUUGAUCGGUCACUGUCACCUCUUCCACAUCAUGCGGUACUGCUCUCGGUGAGCGAACAGCUCUCGAGGAUUCAACUGAUAUGUGCAGCUUUCGAUACAACAAGUCCUGAUAUGGAUAUAGCUCACAAAGCUAAAGGUGGAUUACACUUAUCUUCGAAUGAUUCCGAUCAACCUUCCGAUCCAUUACCUAGUUCUUCUGAGAACACAGCUCAUUCGCCUUCUAUUUCUGCUGGACUUCACGCCAUCAGGCGAAAUUUAUCCAUUAGCGAGAUUGAUCCUGUGAUACCAAGUCCUACCACGAUGAUCUCAGACCCAAAUUUAGAUCCCUCAAAUCUGUUUCAACUGCCCCAGUUGUAUUGGAAUCAUCUCAAUACAGCUGGGUGGAAUCCCAAUUUAGAUAUGACCCUGACCGAGGAUCCGACAUGGGCACCUUCUAAUUUUGACAUAGCAGAAAAUUGGCUGGAAAACCUCAGUACAGCACCGUCUGAAACUUCGUUAUCGAAUGAUGCAGUGCAAACAGCACUGAUGUCGUUCAUGGUCCAAGCGGCAAGAGGUGGAGAGAUAUGA